AUGGCUCACCGGUCCAACGACUUUGAGGAGCGUUUCUACGACGCCCCCCGCCGCCAGCGCGCCGAGAGCCGGGUUGCUUUCGACGAAGUUGAUGUUCGUGUGAGGGAGCGCGAGCGUGAGCGAGAAGGUGACCGCCUCCGCUUCCUGCGCGAUGAGCGUCCUCCCGAAGCCGGAGCCCUUGUUCUGAGCCGCAGAGAGGUUGAAUCAAGAGAGCUGUCACGGCCUCGCGCCCGCAGCCCUAGCCCUGUUUACCGCGAGCGGGUUGUACGCAGAGCCCGCAGCUUGACACCUCCGCACGUUCAUCAUGAGCAAGAGCUCGAGCGCUCCCGAGUUCGCGUCACCGAGCGCGAGCGAGAGAUUCGCAGUCCAUCCCGCGGCCCUCCUCCGGAGAUGAUCCGCGCUCGAUACGUUGAGAGGCAGCGCUCACCCUCUCCUCCUCCUCCCCCAGCCAGAGAACGCAGCCGCGUUGGCGUGCGCAUCGUCGAGCGUGAGAGGGAAAGAGAGCGGGUUCCCUCCCCCUCGCCCUCACCGCCACCACCACCGCCUCAACCUCAGGUCAUUCGUGGCCCCACGAUCGAAAGAGAAGUCAUUACGCACUACAGAGACAUCGAUCAUGGUGAGUACAAGGACAAACUGCAGGAAAUAAGACCCCCGCGAGGUCUAAUGCAUCCAGGUGUUACCCGCGUGCCCAGCCCGCCGCCUCCCCCUCGUCCCGCUCCUCGCCCCAAGACCCGCACCGAGGAGCGGGAGUUAGAUAUCGACAUCACCACCUCCCGCAGAGGGACCGACAUUGACAUUCACCGCUCGCAAAGCCGCCACCGAUCUCCUAGUAGGGAACGCAGAUCCCCCGCUUUCCAGGACAGCAGAGAACUCGUCGUGAGUACCGACCGUCUCCGCAUCGACGACCGUCAUUACCACAGCGGGUCACGCCGUAGAGCUCACUCUGCGGCCGCACGCACACCCGUCGAUGAGGAAGCCGAGUACAUCACCUCCAAGAUCGACUCACGCGGCAAGAUGGGCGAGGCUUGGAACGGUGCAACCAAAGACUGGUCCAUUGUCGAUGUCCCGCCCGGUACCGAGCGUGUCCGUAUGGAUGGCGUUGGCGGUGGCUCUGCCGAGGUCACUUGGCAGCGUUACAACGGUGUGAGGCGGGCACAGUUCAUUCCCGAACGGGACGGCGCUCCCAUUUCGGCGCCGGCCCCACUUCCCGCCGAACCCUCACCACGAGAGUCCCGAGACCGCCUCAGCCUCCAGGUUUAUGACCGUGAGACUGAGAUCGAAAUUGAGAAGACAAAGGACCGCGCCCCGCGCCGCGGACCUCCAUCAAAGCGCAACGAGAUGUGGACCGAGAUCACAAAGGACCUGGUCAUUCGUGAUGCCAUUAUUCAGCUUGGAUAUGAUUUCGAGGAGACUGAAUACUUUUUCUACAUUAUGCAAUAUCUGAAAUACGAUGAUGUGCUUGAAUUGGUGCAGGUAUCUGACGAUAUCCGCCGCUUCCGCAAGCAGCGCGUCCGCGAAUAUGAGAGGGAGUGGGUGCAUGAUGACUGGGACCGCCGGUCUUCUCAUCACCAUCACCACCGCGGACCAAGCAGCAAGUACGACGAUGAGCGAAUCUACGAGCGUGAGGUCGUCUACGACAGUCAGCGUCCCCGACGUUAUUAA